GUGACAUUCUGGAACGGCCACACGUGCACAACCUUAUUCCUUCACGCAACAUGAGGGACGACGAGGAGAAAGCCCUCCUCGAAGGGCACCAAGAUGAUAUGCCACUCAAGGAGGCUUUGUCGCUACCUACCCACCAACCCAGGAUCUCACGCAGGGCCAUCUUGCUCCGCAUUUUGGCACUUGUCGGUUUGAUAGGGCUUUCCCUCCACGCCGUACGAGGAAUCCUGAGACGACGUGAUACCACCUUCCAACGUGUUCGAGUAGCUGCCAAUCCUGACUCUCGCGGGCAUUUGACCGUUCCGCAGGCUGAACGUCGCUUCUUGGAGGUUCCGAAUCCCGAGAGCGCUAUAUCUACGAGCAAGUCGUACUCAUCCAUCCCUCAUCUUGCUGGAAGCCCUCGAGAUUUUGAAACGGCAAAGCAAUUCCUCGACCUGCUACAAGCUGAAUUACUCAUUCCCAAACCUGAUGAGAUUCCUGUCUAUGAUGCUGGGUCUUCCCAAUCGCAAGAAGCUACGCGGUCUAUUACUGAGAGAACUCAUCCCGUCGCUUGGAUCGACAAGUAUUAUCCUGUUUUGAACACUCCUUUGGGGCGUGCACUCGAUAUUCUGGGAGAUGACGGAACGCCUGUGUGGAUGGCCAAUGUUGAGGAAGUGGAAGACUUGGAGGAUCCUGCGGGUGGGUACGCACGAGCUGUCGGUGCAUGGCAUGGCCUCAGCAAGGAUGGCGAUGUUUCUGGAAAACUAAUUUACGCGAAUUAUGGACGCAAAGCUGAUUUUGAUGGACUUGCGAGCUCUGGGGCGAAUCUCACCGGCAAGAUUGCAAUUGUUCGUUAUGGCGGUGUUUUCCGUGGCUUGAAGGUUAAAGCUGCCCAAGAGGCUGGAGCUAUUGGUUGCCUCAUCUAUUCUGACCCUCGUGAUGAUGGUACAGUAACAGUGCAGAACGGUUAUCUACCGUAUCCUCACGGUCCAGCUCGUAACCCUACUUCGGUCCAACGUGGCUCUGUCCAGUUCCUUAGUAUCUAUCCUGGUGACCCUACUACACCUGGCUAUCCAGCAUACCCCAAUGCAACUCGCCUCGAAGGCACAAACAUCCCCAGUAUCCCUUCUUUGCCAAUCUCCUGGUACAACGCCAAAAGGCUUCUCGAAGAGAUAUGGGGUGACUAUGACACGCAAGGCGACAAGUGGGAUUGGGAGUUGGAUGGGAAGAGCAGUAAGCGGGACAUCAGACUUUUGAAUCAAGUCAGGACAGAUAUCACGCCAAUUUGGAAUGUAAUGGGAGUUAUCCCUGGCCACAUCAGAAAUGAGAUCGUUGUUGUUGGCAAUCAUAGAGAUGCAUGGGUCAUGGGGGCCGGUGACCCCACCUCCGGAACUGUCGCUGUGACUGAGAUUAUCAAAGGGUUCGGCACUUUACUCCGGGCCGGUUGGAAACCCCUUCGCACAAUCGUAUUCGCUAGCUGGGAUGCCGAAGAAUAUGGUUUGGUUGGCUCCACUGAAUGGGGAGAGGACUUUGCAGAUUGGUUACAGGAGCAUGUAGUUGCCUACCUCAAUGCUGAUACCGCGGUCUCGGGGUCGACCUUGCGUCUCCGCGGCUCGCCUUCCCUCGCUCAUCUUAUCCGUGGCGUCGCUCAAGACCUCCCUCACCCUACUGAUCUGAACCGCACUCUUUGGGACGCUCGAAGGGACAAUGGGAAAUUCCCCCUGGUUGACAAGGAGAAGGACGUCAAGCUAGCUGUCGAAGAAUCGACCAUACAUGAAUCUGAGAGCACUGGUGUCAAACCACUGGGCAGCGGAUCCGAUUAUACUGUCUUCCUGCAGAGGCUUGGUAUCGCGUCCAUCGAUGGCGGGUUUGGUUCUGGACGCACCGAUGCCGUAUAUCACUACCACAGCGUCUAUGAUUCUCACCGUUACCAAGAGCUUUACGCCGAUCCUGGGUUCCACCGCCACGUGGCUGUUGCCAAGUACCUCGGUCUCGUCACUCUUCGUGUUGCUGAUUCACUUAUCCUGCCUAUUAACACCACCAAAUAUGCUCUUGAGCUUGGCUCGUACCUCGCUAAGGUCGAGGCACUAGCUGAGUCUCAAGGUCUCAGCCUAGACUUCACUAAGCUCAAUCAUUCCAUUAUUGGUCUCCAGCACGCAAGCGCUCAAUUAGACAAGGAGCGAGUAGCUGUAGAAAAGUUCUUCCGCAAACAGUUCCGCAAGCUUGGGACGAAGCGGCGUGCCCAUCAUCACCGCCACCACCGCCAUCACCUUCAUUUCCACAAGCAGGGUAAGAAGUGUGCCAAGCGGGGGUGGAAGAAAAUAAGGAAUUGGGUUAAGGGUGCUUUCGGCGUUCCGUCCCGAAAAGAUUAUGUUCGCGAUGAGUCUGUCCACGAGAGACACGACUUUCCCCCGUUCAGGGUCGGUUUGGCGGGAGGUCGUGAAGAGGUACACAAAAAGCGUGAUUUCCCCAAAAUCCGUCUUGAUCUUGCAUCGGGAAAAAUCCACAAACGCGAAGCAGAUGUAAGUGGCCAUGAAGAGGAGAUUAGGGCCAUGGCUGAGGUGGAAGAGGCUCGUGUGGAGAGACGUGACUUCCCUAAGGUCCGCAUAGGAUUUGCUGGAGGAAAAAAUAACAUGGAGCGCUCCGAGGAUAUUGAAGCCCGUGAGAACGAGCAGAGGUUCCGCGUAGGUGUUGCUACUAGCAAAGCCGACGGGGUCUCCAACUCCAAGCAGAGGGAUACCAGUGAUGGAGAACAGCAGCGAGAUGGUGCCGUGGUGAGGCAAAUUAAUGGGCAAUGGCCUUGCCACAAGGACAAGGGCAGCAGGGAUGCCGCCAUCAUGGCUUUGGCGUUUGAGGCUGAGGGACACAAGUCUCGUCUUCCGAAGAAGUUCUUGAAGGCUCGCAAACGUAUUGCGAGCGUCAAUAGCCGUUUGAGACUUUUCGAGCAAGGGUUUAUUUCUGAGAAAGGCAUCAAGGAUCGGGAGUGGUACAAGCAUCUCGGCGUAGCUCCUGGAAAGUGGCUUGGAUACGGAGCAACUACCUUCCCCGCUCUGUCCGAGGCUCUUGAUGAGAAGAAUUUGACGCUUGCCAUAUACGAGGUCGAGCGUCUCGUAGAGAUCGUCAAUGGUUUGACUGGUGCCUUAGUUUUCCACUAAUAGUCUGUGACCUAGUGUUGCGAUACAUGGAGUUUGGACUUCGGAAAGCCCGCUUGAGUAGCUUGGAGAUUUUUGAUUAUGUACUACGUCUGCCGACGGGCAUCUGGCAUGAAAUCUUGUGUC